AUGGCGAGCGUCAGCGCAGCGCAGUCACUGCAGGACGAGGUCGCGCAGCAAAAGGCCUUGUUGAAAGACCUCCAGAACCGGCAGGCGGACCCGGCGCUGCUUGAGGAGGCGAAGAAGAAGCUGGGUGACCUGCAGAGAUCGUUCGCGCUCCUGCAGAAUGCGAUAGGAGGAGGGAGCAAGAAGAAGGAGCGUCUCCUACUGAAAACACCAAAGGGCACGCGGGACUAUGGCCCGAACGAAAUGCACUGCCGCGAGCACAUCGAGCGCAUUGUCAAGGAUUGCUUCACGACGUACGGCGGCGGCUGCCUCGACACACCCGUGUUCGAGCGGAAAGACAUCCUCGCGGGCAAGUACGGCGAGGACGCGAAGCUCAUCUUUGACUUGAUGGACCAGGGAGGAGAGCAGCUCGCGUUGAGAUACGACCACACCGUCCCGUUGGCACGGUAUCUUGCGAUGAACGGCGCGCAGGCGACACAAGCGAAGCUGUGGCAGGUGGGGAAGGUGUACCGGAGAGACAGCCCGGUCAUGUCCAAGGGUCGCAUGCGGGAGUUCUCACAAGCUGACUUCGACAUCGCCGGUGUCUGGGAUGUCAUGAUCCCAGAUGCGGAACUCAUCAGCCUGCUGUGCACGAUUCUCUCAAAACUUGACGUUGGCGAGUUCACUGUCAAGAUCAACCAUCGAAAAAUUCUGGACGGUAUCUUCGAGGUGUGCGGUGUACCAGCAGACAAGAUCCGGUCAAUCUCGUCUGCUGUCGACAAGCUUGACAAGUUACCGUGGUCAGAAGUGAAGCACGAAAUGACUGAAGUCAAAGGCCUCGACCCCGCCGUCGCCGACAAGAUCGGCGAGUACGUCAAGCACAAGGGCGGGCCUGAGCUGCUCGAGCAGCUCAUGGCCGACACCGCGCUCAUGGCGAACGCGACCGCCAAGACCGGCAUCAAUGAGAUGGCCAUCCUCUUCGGGUACCUCCGGUCGUACAAGGUGCUCGACCGGCUCUCGUUCGACAUGUCCCUCGCGCGCGGGCUCGACUACUACACCGGCAUCAUCUACGAGGCCAUCAAGAAGGCGAAGAAGGCGCAGACGGGGCAGGACGAGGAGGAGGAGAUCGACGAGUCGACGGUGGGCGUGGGCUCGAUCGCCGCGGGCGGGCGGUACGAUAACCUCGUGGGCAUGUUCACCGCCGCGGCCGCGGGCGAGGGCAAGAAGCCACCGACCCUUCCAUGCAUCGGCGUCAGCAUCGGGCUGGACCGCGUAUUCGCGAUCGUGUGGCCGCGCUGGGUGAGCACGGGUAUGCGGAGCAAGGAGACGAUGGUGUAUGUCAUGGCUGCGGGCGAUGGGCUGUUGAACGAGCGGGUGGAGCUCGUGCAGGAGCUGCGGGCAGCGGGGAUCAAGAGCGACUUCCUCUUCAAAGCGAAGCCGAAGCUGUCAGCACAGUUCGCAGCAGGCGAGCGCGAUGAAGUGCCAUUUGCGAUCAUCCUCGGAGAGACUGAGCUCAAGGAGGGCCUCGUCACCGUCAAGGAGCAGCGCUGGGAGCUCGUUGACGGGAAGAAGCAGAAGAUCGAGAGCGCGGACAAGGGCGUGAAGGUAAAACGCGCGGAGCUCGUGCAGUGGCUUAAGGACACGCCGACGAUGAAGGAGUGGGACAGCGGGAAGUUCUUGUAG